AUGUCAGAGCCAUCUAUCAAGCUAAGGGCCGCUAAAGACACCUUGGUGUCGUCGCUGUUCGAACUCUCAAAGUCUGCUAACCAAACGGCAUCAUGCAUCAUUGACUUCUACAAUGCCAUCGGCGAAGACGAAGAGGACAAAUUGGAAGCGUUUACAACGCUCACAGAAGCUUUACAGAAAUUGACGUCGGCCACUAACCAAAUCCAUGGAGUCAGCUCUGAAUUAACUAACCCUCUGGAAGACGACAAAGAUGUGAUCCCAGCGAUUGUGUCACCAGUGAAAGCCACUGCCACCAGAAAGAAACAGGAACGGGAUCCCAACGCUCCAAAAAAGCCACUCACGGUUUUUUUCGCCUACUCGGCUUACGUCCGUCAAGCGUUGCGUGAAGAUAGACAAAAAGCAGGUCUUCCUCCAUUGUCUUCGACCGAGAUCACUCAGGAAAUUUCCAAAAAGUGGAAAGAGCUCAGUGAUAGCGAAAAGUUCAAAUGGAAACAGGCUUACAACGCAGAGCUUGAAAACUACCAGCAAGAAAAACUCAAAUAUUUGGAAGCCAAGAAAAACGGUCUUGCUCCAACUUUGGACGCUCCCAGCACAGCUCCAAUUCCUAUCCCAGAUUACUUGCAGGUCGGUCUAGAAGAAGAAUUCGAGCCUCCAAAGGAGAAGAGACCACAUGAAGAGGAUGGAACCAGUGGCAGCUCCGAAAAGAAGAAGAAGAAGAAAAGAAAGGAUAAGAAGAAGGACAAACACGGUAGCAGUUCCAUUUGA